AGAGUCGCGUGGGCCCGUCUCGGCGUGUCCUAUGGACAGACACAAAGUGAAGCGCCAGAGGCUGGACCGCAUCUGCGAAGGUAUAAGGCCUCCUAUUGGUAAUGGCCCAAUGCCAGCACGUCCCUUGGUUGCCCUCCUGGAUGGCAGGGAUUGCACUGUAGAGAUGCCUAUUCUGAAGGAUGUUGCCACAGUGGCUUUCUGUGAUGCCCAGUCAACUCAGGAAAUCCAUGAAAAGGUGCUAAAUGAAGCUGUUGGGGCUCUGAUGUACCACACCAUUACCUUGUCGCGCCAGGACCUGGAGAAGUUCAAAGCUCUCCGGGUCAUUGUGCGAAUUGGCAGUGGCUAUGACAAUGUGGAUAUCAAGUCAGCUGCAGAAUUAGGCAUUGCUGUGUGCAACAUCCCUUCCUCUUCUGUGGAAGAAACUGCUGAUUCCACACUUUGCCACAUCCUGAAUUUGUAUCGACGGGUUACAUGGCUCCACCAGGCCAUGCGAGAAGGAAACAGAGCCUCAAGUAUGGAACAGAUCAGAGAGGUGGCUGGAGGGGCUGUGCGUAUCCGUGGCGAGACCUUGGGCAUCAUCGGUCUUGGCCGAGUUGGGCAAGCAGUUGCCCUGCGUGCAAAACCAUUUGGCUUCAACGUGAUUUUCUAUGAUCCAUAUCUACCUGAUGGAGUGGAGCGUUCCCUGGGAUUGCAACGGAUGGCCACCCUGCAGGACCUGCUAAUGCACAGUGACUGCAUCACGUUGCAUUGCAGCCUCAAUGAGCAUAAUCACCAUCUCAUCAAUGACUUCACCAUUAAACAGAUGCGCCAAGGCUGUUUUCUGGUGAAUACAGCUCGUGGGGGACUGGUUGAUGAGAAAGCCUUGGCUCAAGCUCUAAAGGAGGGGAGAAUCAGAGGGGCAGCAUUAGAUGUGCAUGAGUCUGAGCCCUUCAGCUUUGCAAAUGGCCCCCUAAAAGAUGCUCCCAACGUGAUCUGUACUCCUCACACAGCGUGGUACAGCGAACAGGCAUCCAUUGAGUCCCGGGAGGAUGCAGCGAAGGAGAUUCGCAGAGCCAUCACAGGUCACAUACCUGAUACUCUGAGGAACUGUGUUAAUAAGGAGUACUUGCUUUUAGCGGCUCAGUGGUCCAGUAUUGAUCCUGCGACUGUACAUCCAGAGCUUAAUGGAGCUGCAGCUUAUAGAUUUCCUCCAGGAGUAGUGGGAGUAGCAGCUCCGGGGCUACCAGAGCCUUCAGUAGAGGGGAUUGUAACUCAUGGCAUUCCCUCUGUGUCUCACUCUGCACCCCAUACCCCUUCUCCAGGAGAAUCAAAUAAAUUGGAGCCAGACAGAGAAAUCUCCACUGAUCAGUAGCAUCUCUGCUAUCUCUUUUCAUCCCUCAUAAGAAAGCAGGGGGGUUCUCCUGUUUUAGGACCUAUUGUGACACCUCAUGGACUGUUUCCUGUUUGUGCUGGGCAGGAAAAUGCAUUUCAUUGUUGGCAAAUUCUAGCUCUUGCCUUUAAACAGAUUAUUUUAUAACAGAUUUAGUUUAAAUCUCUUGGGGAAUCUCUUUCCUUGUCUGGGGCAAAGAAGCAGUGACUUUUCAUCCUUUUGGUAAUGUUUAGUUUUAUCAUGCAAGUUCCCAUGCACCUGCCUCCACUGUGAUAUGCAGAACAGCACCCGGCUGAACAUUAGAACUCCAGUGAUUCCAGAACAAGACUGGUGUGGAUUCUUAAGGCGACUUCUUAAACUGAAGAUCAGCUAAGAACUCAGGUACAAGUGACAAAGAUCAUCAGAGUGGGAAGGAAGAGCUGUGGCUUUACCUGUUGCGUAGUGGGAAUAAGGGGACUCCCUUUCUCAGUUGUGGGCACUUACUGCUUUGAUCCUGCCUGUAUACUGUUAACAGCUGUAGUUGGUGGGUGACUUGCUUCUAGGGCACUGAGGGGUAAGUAUUUACAAGAGCCAGAGUGAAUUUGAAAUUUUGCCUGGAAUCUGAUUUAUGUUCAAAACAUGUGC